UGCACAAAUAAUAACAAAUAUAAGGAGGAGUUUGUGAGUGAUUGCAGACUCCGUGCUGGUACAGUCGUCAUUGAUUUUUAUACUCUGGCUUGAUUCCAUCAACCAAGCCUCCCGUCAGAAACAGGUACGACCAAACAGAUCACACCUUUCUCUCAACAAGCUCUGCUGUGCUCAGCCUGGCCUCAGUCCACCAUCACACCUGCAACUGUGGGCAGAACCAGGAAGUCAUUCCCACUCUCUUUGUCACAGUUACAGAGAAACAAAACUUAACUCUGUCAGUGUGUGCAGUAAAAUAGCAGAGGCCAGUUUAUAGGCGGGUCUACUCAGAAGCUGAUUAUUUUUCACAGAUUCAGGGAAACAACACCCACUCCUGCUCCGUCUGACUCACAGUUUCUGAGAAAUUAAACUAAACUCUAUCUCUGUCAGUGUGAGCAGCAAAAUGGCUGAAGCUGGAGUUUUACUAGAUCAGGACCAGUUGCGCUGUGCGAUCUGUCUGGAUCUGCUGAAGGAUCCGGUGACUAUUUCCUGUGGACACAGUUACUGUAUGGGCUGUAUUAAAGGAUACUGGGAUCAUGAUGAUCAUACUGGAGUCUACAGCUGUCCCCAGUGCAGAGAGACCUAUGCCCCAAGGCCCAUUUUAAGAAAAAACACCAUGCUGGCUGAAGUGGUGGAGAAAUUGAAGAAGACAGGACUCCAAGCUGCUCCUCCUGCUCACUGUUAUGCUGGACCUGGAGACGUGGCGUGUGAUGUCUGCACUGGGAGAAAGUGCAAAGCUGUCAGGUCCUGUCUGGUGUGUCUGGCCUCUUAUUGUGAAACUCACCUCCAGUCUCAUUAUGAAUCUCCUGCUCUUAAGAAACAUAAACUGGUCAAAGCUACUGGAAACCUGCCGGAGAAGAUCUGCUCUCAUCAUGACAAACUGCUGGAGAUUUACUGUCAAACUGAUCAGCAGUGUAUCUGUUAUCUGUGUACGAUGGAUAAACACAGAGGUCAUGAAUCAGUCUCAGCUGCAACAGAAAGGACUGAGAAACAGGUAAGGACUGAAAUUCUUACACAUAACACUUAUUUUUUCCUGUGAUGACAGAGAUCAUCUUGGCUUAAAGGUGGGAAUUCGGCCUUACCUAACCUCCAGGUCAG